ACCGACAUCAUCAGCCGACUCCAUUCAGACGCUCUCGAUACACCGACUUCGCUGAGCGGACGAUUUGGCAUGUCCAAGACCACCCACUCGCGUGCGAAACCCGACUACAGCUCGUCCGACUCCGACGCCGAAUCUUCGCAGCAGAACCGCGGCCGCACAUCAAACCACUCUCGCUCCAUGAGCAACCCAUUCCCGUCGCUCUUUGGCAGCCGCAAGAGGCAAGGCUCGACAUCAAAACCCUCUGUCGACGCGGGUAAGGCGAACGUAGGCCCUGCCCCGAACAAGCAGGUGAAUACACAUCGGCGAGGUAGUCCUGCCAGGAGCAGGGACUUUGCCACUGGCAACUGCAUGACAUGUGCUUCUCUUGUAAAGUGGCCAAAGGACUUGAAGGUCUUCAAAUGUACCAUUUGUAUGACCAUCAAUGACUUGGUUCCGAUUAGUGUCGAUAGCCAAAACUCGAAGCAGCGCCAUGACAGAAGCCCAGGGCCAUCAACUUCGAGACAACCGCCAGUUCCUCCGGGCAUAGUACCAAUACAAAGCUCCAGGACGGGUAGUUUUGGCCAUCUUACUCUGCCUAUCUCUCUCGACCAAACCAAGCAUCUGGUCAGGCAAAAUCUGCGAUUCUAUGUACUCAGGAGGCUUCGCAGCAUGUCAGAUGAAGCUGCAACUGAGCAGGCUUGCGAUGAUCGACCUUCAUACCAAGAUCGACUCCAUCCGGAUCUCGCCGUACGUACCCGCGGGCCACUGGAAAUCCCUCAGGGGAGGAAGGGCUCAAUCACCAAUUAUACAUUCGGCGAAGACCCAACGUUGCAUCACGGGUCCCCGAGUAGUAAUCCUCAGAUUGCUAUGUCUAGAUCAUAUCCCUCCUCUCCCUCCGAGCAGCAGCCUGGCCAAAGAGCCCCACCACCAAACAGCAAUCAUGCCGCCCCUCGUUCACGAGAUCGGUCUGCUGGCCAGACUGAUGACCCUAGAAAGAUAUUCAAACCAUUAGAAGAUUACAUUACGAGCUGUUUUAGUAAUUUUGAAUGCAUCAAUUCUUCCUUUUCCACCCAGCAUCCUCGGUACGCCUCGAGAUCUACAAGCGAUACCCCCCGGCGGCCGUCAGUCCCCGUCAAAGAUACACGUCAACCAACGCCGAUAAAGAGUGCGCCUCGUAGGCCAUCUCAGAUGGAGGUUGACUCUCCUAUAUUUGACUUGGAUCCAAGGCUGCUAAUGCUUGGCGACGUUGCGGAAAAUGGGCUGUGGUGGACUGGGCAGGACAGCAUGGCUCCUAAGAAACAUGCUGCUAAAGAGGAGCCAGCUCAUGUUCAUCGGCCACCUCCGUUAACGAAAUCACCACAGCUCAAUUGGGCCGAUAUCGAUGAGUGGUAUUCGAUUGUGAAUAAUGCUGCAGAGGACUGGUUCAAAAUCUUUGAAGAAAUCUCAGGAGAUCUUUCUUUGGGCAGUCUUGCCGAACAGGAGCUUCUUGCUAUUGAACAGGAUGUUCUCAAAGGGCAGGCUCAUCUUCAGCGAGUGCUGCUUAAAGUUACAGAAAAUUUGCUCAAAAGACCCGGGCGUCCGGUUAAGGAUCCAAUGGAUUUGCGAUUCCUCCUAUUUAUCAUGGAGAAUCCGUCCCUCUAUGCGGAGAAUGAACAUUACCAUGGAGUACUUCAGUUAGAAGUAAACAAGUCCAUGCGAUCGAGACCCCUGACGUCGAAAGACUCUGUGGGAAACUCUGGCCCCAUUUCAGGACAACAUUCCGGUAUCAUCAAACGAAUAGUGGGAUUAAUCUCCAAUUCAUCGGUAGAGUGUCAGAAUCAAAUGGUAACUUGGCUGGCUAGAUACCAUGCCCCGCGCUUUAUCAAAGUGAAAGAGCUUGUAUCAGGAUUCUUGACCUACAGGAUGAUUCGACAGAGCGAAAAAAAGCAAGCUGACCAGUCAGUUGAUCUAACGGCCGGAUUGAUACCACAAAUGCAAUAUGGACGAAACGGUAGUGCGUCUCUUCAUGAUGCGAUAGGCGGUCCUAGGCCCGCGAAGAAGCCGAAAGAGCCAAUCAAAAAGAUAUCCUACUCAGACGACUGGCAAAUCAAGGCUGCAUCCCGCGUUCUUUCUUUAUUGUUUUCUGCAAAUAACUUUUUGCCCACUCGUCGUGGGGAAGACGCUCACUCUAAUGGCACGGUCACUUGGAACGGGACCGGCCGCGUCGCCGGUUACUUUCUGCCGCCCACUGAUUUCUACAAUUCCAUGAUUGACUAUGCCGACCUUAUCGACGACUUUGAGUCUUGGGAGUCUAAGAGGAGCAAGUUUUCUUUCUGCCAGUAUCCCUUUCUUUUGAGUAUAUGGGCCAAGACUCACAUCCUGGAGCAUGAUGCCCGCCGGCAAAUGCAGAGCAAGGCGCGAGAUGCUUUCUUUGAUAGUAUCAUGACUCGAAGAAACAUCAACCAAUACUUGUUUCUCGAUAUCCGCCGAGAUUGCCUUGUUGAUGACAGCUUAACAGCAGUAAGCAGCGUUAUUGGCAGUGGCGGCGAGGAUCUAAAGAAAGGUUUACGCAUUUCAUUUCAGGGGGAGGAAGGAAUCGACGCAGGCGGCCUUCGUAAAGAAUGGUUCUUGCUCCUCAUUCGUGAAGUGUUCAACCCCGACUAUGGAAUGUUUAUCUAUGAUGACGACUCUCAAUACUGUUACUUCAACCCCAACUCGUUUGAACCUUCUGACCAGUUCUUCUUGGUUGGCGUUGUCAUGGGUUUGGCUAUUUACAAUUCUACUAUUUUGGAUGUUGCUCUACCUCCGCUUGCAUUCAGAAAGCUUCUUGCAUCGGCUCCUUCACUUGCUGGAACAAUGCCACAGCAGCAUCGACCGGUGAUAAGAUAUACACUGGAUGAUUUAUCUGAAUAUCGCCCGCGGUUGGCAAACGGUUUAAGACAACUCUUGGCCUUUGAUGGAGAUGUCGAAGAGACAUUUUGCCUAGAUUUUGUCAUUGAAACUGACAAAUAUGGCUCCAAGGUACAAGUACCUCUCUGCCCCGGGGGCGAAAACAAACCUGUGACGAAUGAAAAUCGGCGAGAAUAUGUCGAUCUCUAUGUGCGAUAUGUGCUUGAAACAGCAGUCAAGCGACAGUUUGAGCCCUUCAAGAGAGGUUUCUACACGGUUUGUGGUGGCAAUGCCUUUUCACUUUUCCAGCCCGAAGAAAUCGAACUCCUUAUCAGAGGUUCUGAUGAGCCCCUCGAUAUUGCGUCUCUGAGAGCCGUCGCAGAAUAUGAUAACUGGGAGAGCAAAACCCCUGAUGAAACAGAGCCGGUUGUUAGUUGGUUCUGGGAGACGUUCCAACAGGCUACCCCAAGUGACCAGCGCAAGAUGCUGACAUUCAUUACCGGCAGCGACCGCAUACCAGCGAUGGGGGCCGCUUCUUUGACAAUCAAACUGUCUUGUCUGGGCGAUGAUUGUGGGAGA